AUGGCGCACCGCUCGCCGCGGUACCGGGGCACGUUUACGCCCGACACGCGCGGGCUUGGCGGGGCAGCCAUGGUGUCUGCCCGGCGGGACGCGCAUCUGCAGGCGCUAUUGGCCGAGUCGGCGAGGAAGAGCGAGUUCAGAGCCACACGGAGCCGCAGCCGGCAACGGGUUCGCCGCCGCCGAAUCCGCGGCUCGGGCACGAGCCCGGGCCGUCCGCUGGGCACAACUGUGCUGGAUCGAGCGUGUGGAAAGGAUGCGCGACGGCCAUCGGACAUUGCGCGUGAGCACAAUGCCAACAUCUUCCAUAUGGUGCGGCGGAUGCGGGCGCACGCUGCGCGGCUCGACGCCCACAAGAACCGCAACCACCCGGUGGCCCACCCGGUCUUCCUUGGCCCGCCCGAGGUUUCACACUACCUGCCGAUGCCCGGCCCGCAUGAGCCCAACGCGUCGCAUCCGGUCGAUCUGCGCUACAGCCGCGGUGCAGAUCUCCAUGGCUACCGCAAUCCGCACCCGCACCUGCUGCGCGAGCCAUCAGUCGACGAGCUGGAGCUGUUCCUUGCCGACACCGCUGGCGCCCAGCCUCCGGGCUCGUCGCAGGCCAAGGCAAAGGCCCAAGCCGCAAAGGCUGCAAAGGUCCCACCCGCUGCCCGCCGACGCCGCCCGCGCGCCUCGGCCGCCUCCCUCGCUCUCGAAAGCUUCAUCGCCCUCCGCAUCCUCGAGCCGUCAGCAGAUCUUGAGGUCCUCACCACAGACUACACCGACAAGCUCGUCUCCAUCCCACGCCUCCUCGAGCUCCGUGCCGAGCUCCUUGCCGCCGGCUGCGCCGCCCUGGACGAGCUCCUCCGACCCGGCAGCGACGAGCACGCCCGUCACAUCAAGGCCUUCAAGAUGGCCUUUGUCCGCGCCUUUCGUGCCGCCUGAGGUAGCAAACGCGCGUGGUGAGCGGCGAGAUAUGUGUUGACACUGGCUUGCUUGGGGGGAGUCGGACUUGGGCCUAGUCGUGAUCAGCGGCGCAGUUGGCAGGAGGGGCGUCGAUGGAGACGAGGGCUUCGGAUUGCAGGAAGGGGCAGUUGUGGACUGUGGGGCGAGGUGGAGGAGGGCGAGAGAGGGGGUGAGUAGGACCAGGCUAGAAAGUGGCCGUGGGUACGCCAUCGUCAGUUGGUGUCGAUGUCGGUGAGGAG